UCCUCGUGUGGGGACGCAGUUGCCGUGAAGACUUGCAGUGACAGUAGUAGCGAUGAAGGCAAUGCUCGGGAUAAUGAACUCAUUUAGGAUGACUGGAUUUUGAGAUGACAGCAGCAAUACACGUCAUGUAUUAUAUUUGAUGAUUAUAAGCGCUUGUCCAAGCAUGCUGCUUCAGAGAGGCUGCCGUGCUGUGGCUCUCCUGCUGUCUCCCUCCUACAGUAACACGCUGCUGCCUAACGUUACCCAUGUGCCUCGCCGCCUGUCCUCCUCUUCGUGGACUUUGGGGAAGAAGCGAAGUUACUGGCGGUACUUGAAGAGACGCGUGUUGGGAGCAGCCACACCUCCGUACUCCCGUGUCACCCAGACUGGUGAUCCAGUGCUGCGCUGCACUGCUGCCCGUGUCCCCUCGGCUCACGUGUCCCACCCAGACACACAGGCUGUCGUGAAUCAGCUGGUGAGGGUCUUAAGUGCCGGCUGUUGCGUCGGGAUAAGUGCCCCUCAGCUUGGGGUGCCUCUGCGGAUCCUGGCAGUUGCUUUCCCAGAACAGAUGUGCCAGGCAGUGCCCCCUGAGGUUCGCCAAGCGAGAGAGAUGAGCCCAUUCCCGCUCCAAAUAUUUAUUAAUCCAGAGAUGCGAAUCCUGAACUCCCAGACUCUCAGCUUCCCAGAGGGCUGCAGCAGCGUCCAGGGAUUCUCUGCAGUGGUGCCCCGCUACUAUGCCGUGGAGAUAUCGGGGCUAAAUCCAAAGGGUGAACACAUUACCUGGCAGGCUCAGGGUUGGGCUGCACGAAUAAUCCAGCAUGAGAUGGACCAUCUGGAUGGGGUUCUGUACAUUGAUAAAAUGGAUCCUCGGACAUUUGUCAACAUCAGCUGGAUGGAGGUCAAUGACUAGGAAAGUAGAAUGCUUGAAGCUCCAAGAUUCAUGAAAUGUGAUAAAUGGAUCUAUCAUCCAGAUGUAAGGACUCUUACACAUGGUCAUAUUUGUGCAUUUAAAAAUGCAUGCAUUGCAUUUAUAUACACACAGGAGUACAAACAGGCAGGAAAUAAUGGAAUCAGCUCCAGCCGAUGUUUUAAAUGCACAUCAAACUCACACAAACGGCCUGUGUGUAAGAGCUGUUAGAAUAGCAUUGUUUAUUGCAAUCUUCAAUACAGACUGUGUUCUGUGCAAGCUCAUUAUGUUUAUAUUGCAGAAGACUGAAAAACCUGGUCUAUUUUCUGCUGAAAUGGCUAUACUUUGUUAGACACCAAAAAAAUGCCUUCAUACUCUGCUAAAAUAA